AUAUCAAUAGUUAUAUCGAGAAUAUCCUAGAUUGCGCUCGAAACUCGAUAAGUUCCUUGGUCCAUUUCUUUUUCCUUCCAAAACUCCCACCUAUAAAUAACACUGGGCAACGUUUUGGUUGUCGUCAAACAAUUCGAAUACAACAAUCAAGUACCUUAUAAUUUCCAGCCUUAAGCAUCAUCCGAUUAUCAUCAGUCAAGUCCUCGUUCAGAUAAAAAAAUGUCUCUGAUUCCAAGCUUCUUUGAUGGCCGCAGGAGCAACAUCUUCGAUCCAUUCUCCCUCAACAUAUGGGAUCCUUUCGAGGGCUUCCCUUUCUCCGGCACGGUCGCCAACAUUCCAACCUCUACUCGUGAAACCGCUGCUUUCUCGAGUGCUCGAAUUGAUUGGAAAGAGACCCCAGAAUCCCAUGUCUUUAAGGUGGAUCUUCCUGGAAUUAAGAAAGAGGAGGUGAAGGUGGAGGUAGAAGAAGGAAGAGUUCUACAAAUUAGUGGCGAGAGAAGCAGAGAGCAAGAGGAGAAGAACGAUAAAUGGCACAGCAUGGAGAGGAGCAGCGGAAAGUUCCUUAGGAGGUUUAGGUUGCCGGAGAAUAUCAAAAUGGAAGAGAUUAAGGCAACUAUGGAGAAUGGGGUGCUCACUGUGACUGUCCCAAAAAUGGAGGAAAAGAAACCUGAGGUGAAGGCCAUUGACAUCUCUGGUUAAAUAACAGAGGGCGCGCGCUCGGUGGUUGCUGAUCUACUUGUACUUUCGGAAGUGUACAGUGUCUUGUUUUCUAGAAGUCUUGUUUUUAGGAGCUUUUAGCUCAAAAAUGUGUCUGUAUCAUCAUAUUUGUAUGCUUGUGGGUGUUUUACAUAUACACUUCUACUCUAUGAAUGUAGUAAUUUGUGUGCCUUUUCUGUUAACCGCUUAUUUACUGUUUCGCUCUCUA